AUGGGCAUCCUCACCGUCGUCGAAGAACGGCCGACGCCGCCGUCGGUCUACAACUGGCGCAUCUACGUUCUCGCCGCCACGGCCUCGUGUGGGUCUUGCAUGAUUGGCUACACGAGUGCCUUUAUUGGUACCACGAUUGGAAUCGACUCUUUCAAAGAGGAGUUUGGCCUGGAUGAGUUGACGUCGGCAGAGAGGAAUCUCAUUAGUGAGAACAUUGUGUCUCUCUUCGUCGCCGGUGCCUUUUUCGGCGCCCUCCUCACUUACUGUUUGAGUCACUUCAUCGGCCGCAAGAUCUGUCUGGCCAUUGGAGCCACCAUCUUCUCUGUGGGAGCUGGUUUGACCUGCGGAGCGAGUUCGUCGAUUGGAUUGGGCAUUCUUUAUGCUGGACGUGUCUUGUCGGGCUUGGGCACUGGUGUUGCAUCGAAUAUCAUCCCUAUUUACAUUUCCGAGUUGGCACCGCCGGCGAUCCGCGGUCGUCUGGUUGGACUGUACGAACUCGGCUGGCAAAUUGGUGGUUUGGUUGGUUUCUGGAUCAACUUUGGUAUUGAAUCAGGUCUUCCACCGAGCCACGAGCAAUGGAUCAUUCCCUUUGCUGUUCAGCUGAUCCCCUCGGGACUGCUCAUGAUCGGCUCCAUGCUGUUGCCCGAAUCUCCUCGUUGGCUGUUUCUCAAGAACAGACGCGAAGAGGCCAUCAAGAAUCUGUGCUGGGUCCGUCAACUCGAGCCCACCGACACCUACAUUGAGGAGGAAAUCGCCGGCAUCGACAAGAUCUACGAGAUGCAAAAGAACACUGUCGGCUUUGGAUUCUGGCAGCCAUUCAAGGCACUGGGUUCUCGCCCCAAGCUCCAGUGGCGUCUCUUCAUUGGUUGCAUGUUGUUCUUCUGGCAGAACGGUUCCGGUAUCAAUGCCAUCAACUACUACUCGCCUACCAUCUUCACGAGCAUUGGUAUCAACUCCAACACUGUCAACUUGAUGACUGGUAUCUUUGGUGUCAUCAAGGCCGUCGCAACCUUCUUCUGGCUGCUGUUCUUGGUCGAUCAGCUUGGACGCAGAAAGCUCCUGCUCGGUGGUGCCAUUGGCGGUUCCAUCUGCAUGUGGAUCAUUGGCGCCUACAUUUGUGUGGUGGAUCCGACCAAGAACCCUCAAGAUCACCUGACCAGCAGUGGCAUCGCCGCCAUCUUCUUCUUCUACCUGUGGACGGCCAUUUACACGCCCACUUGGAACGGCACGCCCUGGGUCCUCAACUCUGAAUUCUUCGACCCCAACUUCCGUUCCCUGGCCAGCGGUGCCACGACUGCCAGCAACUGGUUGUUCAACUUUCUUGUCUCGCGCUUCACCGAGCAGAUGUUUGAGGCCAUGGGCUACGGAGUCUACUUUUUCUUCGCCUCGCUGUCCUUCCUCGCCUUCUUCUUUGCCUUCUUCCUCGUUCCCGAGACGAGCGGUGUGCCACUUGAGAAGGUUGAUAGGCUGUUUGAGAUCAAGCCGGUCUGGAGAGCGCACGACAAGCUGGUUGCCGAGCUCCGGGAAGAGGAGGCGGAAUUCCGCUCCGACAGCGUCAAGGGCGAGGCCGUCCACAGAGACCAAGUCUUGAGCUCCGAGUCGGAUACCGCAUGA